UCAGAAGUACCCACCCCACUUAUCUGUUCAGCCCCAGAAAUGAUUACGUUCACCGUAAACUGAUUAUACACUUGAAAUUAUUACACCGUCUGAUUGAUUGAGAGGUUUGGUAUAUAAACUUAUAAUGGAAUGGCAGUGAUGAAUUACAUGCAAUGAAUUACUGAACAAUGGAUAUCAACCUACUGAGAAAGAUUAAUUGACGAUUAAAGCAAUGUCUUUCAGCAGUUUCUCGCAAUCCAUAGAGAAUGAAGUUAGACGAACAUCCGGGUCUCUGGAUGACUACGACACAUCGAGCGCUCCCGGGGGUGUAAUUGAGCGCAACAAGCGUCGUAGCAGACACGGCAACAUCAAUGGACCUGACCUGUUGCCGGACCUAGUUGGCUCAAAUGUGACGGACGACGUGUAUUUGAUCACGCAAUCGGACAACGAAAUCGGCUGGCGAAAAUGGUUGGUGGCGCCAUAUUGCUUUCUAUACAUUGCCGGAUACAUUACCUCUUCCGCUACAUUCGGCCUGUUUGUCUACUACAAAGUCCAGAGGGACCUGUAUCCCGACCUAGAUCAACUGAACGAAACCAGCGCUUGCAAAGAUGUGAACAAAAGUUCGCUUGAUUACCAACGACAGGUUCAUGUUCAAGACGUGGCCUCUAAUUGGGGUAUAUACACAAGUUUAGCUGUUGGAAUUCCUGCUAUAUUCGCUAAUAUGCUGCUGGGUUCAUCAACGGACAAAUUCGGACGAAAAUUUUUGUUCUUUCUUCCAUGCAUUGGAACUUUGAUCCGAAUGAUAGUGACAGUUAUUGGAAUAUAUUUUGACUUCAAUCUUACGUAUCAUCUUAUUGGGUUUAUAGUAGAAGGACUAACUGGGCAAUUGUUUACGAUGUUGCUAGUAUGCUUUACGUAUGUCGCAGAUGUGACGUCACAGAAAGGCAAAACAAGAGCCUUAGGGAUAACAAUGAUAGAAUUAGCCAUAGGCGUGGCAGUAGCGGGGUUCAGUUUCUCUACAGGAUAUUUCAUUCAAAACACUGGGUUCUUCUACCCAAUGCUAUCUGCCGGAAUCAUGUUGGCAAUGAGCCUGAUUGUCGUCAUUUUCAUUCCGGAAAGUUUCCCACCGGCCAAGAGAGAUAAUUCGGAAUCGGUCGUCACCAAAAUGAAAACGGCGUACGACCUUUAUCUUGGGUCAUUUAACAGAGGACGUCGAUGGAAAUAUAACACACUACUCUCGGUUUUCACCUUUACAAUGUUCUCGGCGCUUGGGCGUGGGAGUGUAGAAGCCGCUGUUUCAGUUGGGGGAACCGUUUUGUUGGAGUUCUGA